GGUAUCAACAUUUUUGGGCGUACAGAGGAACUAAAGGAAAACAUACAAAUAUUUGUUGAUGCAUGUAGUUAGCUAACUUUCUGCCCAUUUUCUUUUAACCGAAGACCGUUAACUAAUAUAAUAUGUCCAAAAUGACAUGUAUUUGUUUUGUAAGAUAUCUGCAUACUCAUUGACAUGGUUUAACAAUAAUUUUGGCAGCACAAGUUUCUACUUUCAUUGCACAGGUAAACAAACAGCAUUGCUAGCUAACGUUAGUUGCUCUUAUUGCGCGUGAAUUUCACCUGCAUGCUGACCGUUUUUCCACCAUGAAAGGGCUUUACUGUAAACUGGGUGAAACCGCUGCAGAUGCGAAAUUUGUCGUCCGGGAGACGAAUGUACCCAGUGCCCUUGGUAGCAACCAGGUCAAAGUGCAAGUGAAGGCAUGUGCCCUUAGUCCACUGGAUAUAAAACUCCACGAGGAUCUAAAGUUCCAAAGGGACCUGGUGCCAGUAGGGAGGGAGAUUGUUGGGAUCGUCCUCCAAGUUGGGCCUAAGGUGACCUUUUUCCAACCUGAUGAUGAAGUUGUAGGAAUUCUGCCCUUGGAUACAGCAAUGUCUGGUUUGUGCGAUGCCGUUGUCAUCAACGAGCAUCAUCUUGUGCAGAAGCCAGAGAAGUUGAGCUGGGUGGAGGCGGCAGGGGCCAUUCGGGAUGGACUGCGGGCCUAUACAGCCCUCCAUACCCUAGCCCGUAUGGCAUCCGGGCACACUCUGCUGGUGCUGGACGGAGCCAGUCCCUUUGGAGUUCUGGCCAUCCAGCUGGCCCACUACCAUGGAGUUAAAGUACUGGCGUCAGCCCUGUCCUCCGAAGACCAGAAGUUCCUGGAGCAGCUUCGGCCCAGCGUCGCCAGGGUGAUAGGUGUGUGGGAUGCCAAGGUAGACCUGGUGGAUUCUUGUUUGGAAGAGACGGGCGGUCUAGGGGUGGACAUUGUCAUGGACUCCGGAGUGAGAUUGCAUGAGGAGGAGCCAGAGGCCAGGUGUCUUCUGCCCUACAAGCAUGACAUCAUCACCCUGCUUGGGGUUGGAGGUCACUGGGUUACAACUGAGCAAAACCUGCAGCUGGACCCUCCAGAUAGCCGCAGCCUCUUCCUGAAGGCCGCCUCCCUAUCUUUCCUCAACGAGGAAGUGUGGGGGGCAUCCAGUGCCCGCCAGGGGAGGUACCUCCACAUCAUGAAGGAUAUAGUGGAGAAGCUUUCCACUGGAACCUUAAGGCCCCAGCUAGAGGACCCGGUGCCUUUGUAUGAUGCCACCGUUUCUAUGGAGAUGGUGCAAAAGAAACAAGUCCGGAAGAGGUUGGUUAUUCAACUCUGAGGCGGACAGACACUCUGGUCCAGCAUUCCCCUUGUCAAAGGCAGGCUCCCAAAUUCUGCCUCUCAUAUUUCCUAUGUAUUUGUGGCCAGCGGUGGUGGAAAAAGUACCCAAUUGUCAUACUUGAGUAAUAGUAUAGAUGCCGUUAAUAGAAAGUGAAAGUCACCCAGUAAAAUACUACUUGAGUAAAAGUCUAAAAGUAUUUGGUUUUAAAUGUACUUCAUUAUCAAAAGUAAAUGUAAUUGCUAAAAUAUACUUAAGUAUCAAAAGUAAAUUCCUUAUAUUACAUUUUAAGUUUUUAAAAUGUAGAUAGCCAGGGACACACUCCAGCACUCAGACAUUAUUUUCAAAAGCUGCAUGUGUUUAGUGAGUCCGCCAGACCAUAGGGAGUAGAGAUGACCACGUGUUCUCUUUAAGUGCGUGAAUUUCACAAUUUUCCUGUCCUGCUAAGUGUUCAAAAUGUAGCAAGUACUUUUGGUUGGCAGGGAAAAUGUAUGGAGUAAAAAGUACAAUAUUUUCUAUAGGUAUGUAGUGAAGUAAAAGUUACCCAAAAAACAACUUAAGUAGUACUUUAUACCGCUGGUUGCCAGUCAUUCCAGUACAAUGUAAAUAUGUGCUAAGAGUCCGUUUCUGAGCUGAUCAAAACCUAUCAAAUGAGAUGGAUAUCUAAUAAUGUAAUUAUAUUCAACACAUUGAGGGUUGUCUUGUUAUUAAAAACCUGAGGUUAACCCUCAAGCAUGAA